AUGCGAGGUGCAUUUUCUUUUCUUUCUACACUCGCCCUCCUGACCACGGCCAUUGGAGUCGAUGCCUCGCGUCUAUCCAAAAAGUCCUCCGGCUCCAUCAGCGCUUCCGUCCCGCGGUACAUCCGCAUGCCCAUCGACCAUUUCAAUAAAUCGGACCACCGCACCUUCCCUAACCGGUACUAUGUCAACGAUACAUACUAUGAACACGGAGGUCCUGUCUUCCUCUACGACGCGGGAGAGUCAGGACUUGACCCUGAAAGCGCGGCCUCCACAAUUGCCGAAACCUACGGCCAGUCCUCUGUUAUGCAACUGACGAGGAAAUACCACGGUAUCGCGAUUGCAUGGGAGCACAGGUACUUCGGUACAAGUCUUCCGUUCCCUCUUGCCAUGAACAACGGAUCAAUCACCGAUCCCUGGGGUUGCUACCAAGCUGGCGAUGACUGCACCCAUCAGCCGGUGAAUGCCCCCGACAGCUACGAAUACCUCACGAUCGACCAAGCCCUCGAAGACGCCGUCUACUUCGCCCACCACUUCCGCCUUUCUCACAUCGACUACCCUCUCACUGCUGAACAUACCCCAUGGAUCUUCAUCGGUGGCUCCUACCCCGGGUCCCGUGCUGCCUUCGUCCGUCAGCGUAACCCGAAGACUUUCUACGCCUCGUGGGCCUCAUCUGCUCCCGUUGAGAGCCGUCUGGAUGGAUCUGCCUACUACAAUACCAUCGAGCGGUCGAUAUCAGAGCCUUGUCGAAGCGACUGGAUCGCGGCCAUCAACCACGCCGAUGAUAUAAUGGACGGCAAGUACGGCAAGAAGGCCUUUGUGGAGCUACAGAAACUGCUCUACGUCGCCGAAGCAACUACGCAAGGUCUGAACUCUUCAUAUGACAUCUCGGAGGCUACCACCUAUCAGCGCAGUCGCCUCGCCAGCCUCUUGCAGGCUGGCUUUGGUGCUAGUGAGUCGACUGCUUUCCAGUACGAAGGACCUGCUGGAACUGUGGAUAUUGUCUGCCGUCAUAUGGAACGCUACGAUCCAUCUGCCAGAGCCUUCAACCACACCAACCGCGAGGAAAAGAUUCUGAGCAACCCUGGCACUGGAAAGCUCCACCCAGAUGGAAUUGCCGAAGUCUAUAGCCCGUCCGUUGCCCUGGAAGCCCUGAUCUAUGGAACCCGUCGCUAUCAGUAUGAGGUGUACCUAGCAAUGCUUAAACAAGAGAGCUCCAGCGCCGGCGCCGACGAUGGGACAACCAAGAAGGUUCAAGUCGACCCCAACGCGGAUACCCAGGCCUGGUAUUGGAUUGUCGCAACUGCGCUGGGUGAUUUCCAGGGCUCAAACCCUGCCAAUAUUUCCAUUGUUAGCCGGUACUCCAACUGGACCGCUGAGCGCACAACGGAGAUCGUUGACGGUCUCGAGUUCAACCCGAAGAUCUUCCACGGUGAGCCUGACGUCUCCAAAAUCAACAAGUACGGGGGCUGGAAGAUGAACCCAACCCAUGUCAUGUUCACCAAUGGUCAAUAUGACCCCUGGAGAGGAUUCUCUGUCGCCAGCCAGGAUACAAACUACGGGUCCCCUGAGCGCAAGAUUGUUCAAGAUGUGCCCAAGUGCCAUACUGCUCCUGAGGAGGGUACUGCGUUUGGCUGGGUGUACCCUGGUCAGGUUCAUGUUUCUGACUUUGAUGAUCAGAAGGGAAGCAUGAGUAAUAAGAGCUCGCCUAUGUAUCAGGGUGUUACUCUUUUCAGUAAGGCUUUGGAUGCUUGGUUACCUUGCUUUAACAAGGAGUGA